UGUUUUUUCUUGGAGUGAGGUUUGUGCCUGCCGACUGACUCGCCUAUCCCAUACAGCAAUCCCAUCCACGGUAAAGACAAGCUUUUUGCGGAAGGAAAAAAAAAUAUAUUUUUUAAAAGCGAAAAACAACAUAUAUGUUGGAGCUGGAGAAAAGCCGCAGCUGUGUCCUUUUUGUGUUUUCCUCUCGCCACUGAUUGGAAGAAGGAAACAGAGAGAGAGAGAGGGAGAGAAGGUGCAGGUUCUUGGAUCGAUUUGUCAAUGUAAACGUCGUUUCAAGUGCACGCAUUCACUUUACCCUUAUUUCUUUACCAACAGAAGUACACCCGUUUCUUCUGUUCUGCAACGCUCGGAUCUUUGUACCAGCCAUAUACACGUUGUUGUUUUUUCAGGAAAACGGCUAACUUUCUAUUUUUAAAAAAAUAAAUAAAAAUAUCAGAUUGCUUUUUUUCUCCUUCAAACAGUUUCGAGGUGAUGUAAUCGUUCUGUGUUUUGUUUGGUAUUGUGUCGGAGCUCUGGGAGGACUGCAGCCAGGCAACUUGCGGCUGAGACAGACGGGGAAUUCAGGGAAAUCAGGUGCAAAGAGCGGCUUUCAUUUCCGUGCUGUCGCGGGUGGCUGUGUCCGCCACCCAGUCACAGCUGUUCCCAUCCUCUCCAAUUCCCCCUCCCUCUAUCACUGCAUCCUUCCUCUCUCUCACUCCCCCCCCUCUAUCACUACAUCCCUCCUCUCUCUCACUCCCCCUCCCUCUAUCAAAACAUCCCUCCUCUCUCUCACUCCCCUCACCUCUAUCACUACAUCCCUCCUCUCUCUCACUCCCCUCACCUCUAUCACUACAUCCCUCCUCUCUCUCACUCCCCUCCCUCUAUCACUACAUCCCUCCUCUCUCUCACUCCCCUCACCUCUAUCACUACAUCCCUCCUCUCUCUCACUCCCCCUCCCUCUAUCACUACAUCCCUCCUCUCUCUCACUCCCCCUUCCUCUAUCACUACAUCCCUCCUCUCUCUCACUCCCCCUCCCUCUAUCACUACAUCCCUCCUCUCUCUCACUCCCCCUCCCUCUAUCACUACAUCCCUCCUCUCUCUCACUCCCCUCACCUCUUCCCUUUCAUUCAACUCUCUCCAUCUCCCUCUGAACUGGACCGCCAGAGACUUCGUGACCCAUCGUGCGGAAGUAGCCAUGACCGAGCCCGCCCUGCAGCACCCGGCGCCCGCAGAGCCCCCUUCUCCACGCCGCCCUCGCCUCCAGCCCGUCCAGGUACCCCGCCUCCCACAGCGCCUUACCUUGCCUCGCAGGGACUAGAUACCUCUUUCUGCGUCUCAUAUCAUCAAAUUCGUCCAAUGUGGAAUUCUCUCAGAAGAAAGUUAUUGACCUAGUAUAAGGCUUAUUGUAGCACCAAAACACCAGGACGAACGUGAAUUACACAUAACGUAGCGGGGGAGUCGAUUGGACUUCCGCAGCUGUGAGCCGUGAAGGCGCUUUCACCUGUUCCUCUCAAGCCCGGAGGCUGCAGCUGUUUAAUGUCCUAACCUCUCCCCGCGCUCCGCCCCUCCCCGCUCCACCAGCCAUAGUGACAGCCAAGAAAGGUAGCCCUCUGGUCACAGUGGCACGGCCACCCCGCCCCGCACCGCCACACCCCACCCACCGCAAGCGGAUGCCAACGAGAGUGUCCGCUGACUCUUUGACCCUCCACUCCAUCCAGCGGAUUAUAAACACACAAGUGAACUCUCCGGACUGUCGGACCGGCUCUGACCGACAAGGAGACUGACUCUGGGCGAAGUUCCGUAGUGGAGGGGGGAAGAGAUGCGGUCCCUUCUCUCCACGAUCGCUGUCUUAUGUAUCCAGAUGUUGCUGGUGAUGUGCAAUCCAUUGCAGCAGGUGUUUGGCGUGGAUGGGGUUAACUUCAGCGUGCACGUGGAGAACCAGACCCGGGUGAGAGACGCUAUGAGCCGGCGGCACCACCGGGUUUACCAGCUCUACAGUCGCACCAGCGGCAAACACGUCCAGGUGCUGGGUAGACGCAUCAGUGCCCGCGGAGAGGACGGAGACAAAUAUGCCCAGCUUGUAGUGGAGGCUGACACCUUUGGUAGCCAGGUGAGAAUCCGCGGCAAAGAGACCAACUUCUACCUGUGCAUGAACCGCCGCGGCAAGCUGGUGGGAAAGAAGGCCAGUAAUAAAAGUGAAGACUGCGUGUUUGUAGAAAAGGUUCUGGAGAACCACUACACCGCACUAAUGUCGGCGCGAUACGCCGGCUGGUACGUUGGCUUCACCAAGCGGGGGCGCCCUCGCCGCGGCCCCCACACGCUGCCCAACCAGCAGGACGUCCACUUUAUGAAGCGCUUCCCACCAGGGGAGUACCCCGAAACCACGCCCUUCCGCUUCACAACAGUCAACAAGAGGAGUAAGAGGGUCCGUGCCCCCGGGACCCGCUAGCAGCUAACGCUAACGGCUACCAUCCAUCUACUGCCCAUUGCCGCCUGUACCUGCUUAUCCACUAACCGCUAAUGGGAUAACAUUGACCCUUCCGCUGGCCUUUAAUACAUGAUAAGUGGCUAAUUAGCGCCAUUCGACCCGGCUAACAUCAACUGCACCUGUUUCUGAAGCUAAUAGAUAAUGGACCAGUGAUACACAAACACUCCUUACCAGUUGGGGUCAGCCACCUACUGGGACAACAUGUACUCUCCUCCAGACCCUGGCUGGUAGGCCUACUAACUGGGCUAGUAGCACAGUACACCCCCUAACUUGACACUUGUCCCUACUAGCUGUCACUGCCCCAGGGUUCACUAUUUCUGUCCAUUGACUGAAGGCCACUAAUAAUAACUUUAUUUGUAUAGCGCUUUUCAAUACAAGUAACAAAGUGCGUCACCUCAUAAAAUAAUCAAAUGAAAGUACUAACAAACUAGAACAAGCCUAUAGCCCUGCUACUAGCCCGUCGACCUGGCCCACUCCCCUGCAAGGCCCAGAAGCUAUGACAAGGCCCCUGAAAGGUAGCUAAACUGACGCCCAGGCUUUCCACCUUAUGUAGGCCUGGUUUCCCUCCAACCCCCAAGCUUGAACAGAACGGUGCUAUUGCACUGUCCCUUAGCAGUGGCCUGUAAAGCUCUGCUUUAGAACAAACAUACGAAAACUGGUCACUUGGCUGGUUUAGCACGCAUCUCUGCGUUAAGGUAAACGUGAUUGCUCUGAUAAAAUAAGAAUGACUUCAGUGUGUUUAAACUCCUUAAAAUCACUUUGAAGGUUAAAAUGUAGCUAAGCUAGCGACACUGCAAUAGCCCCAACCUUUCUCCCAGGCUUGGACCAGAGCAGCUAUCCAACACUGUCCAGGACUGGAUGAUCGCCAAUGAUGGAGCGAAAGACAGCGAGACGAGAGACAGACAGAACGGACAGACUGACAGAGAGGGGGACAGACUGGAGGUCUAUGGGACAGUGGCACCAUGAGAGAAAAGGUGGAGCAACAGGUGGACAAACAGGAAACAGGAAGAGGAACACAGGAAGUCAGUGAAGCGGAGGAUAAAGCCACAGAACAGGCCAGAAUGGCACCGUGGUGGAAUGGAUGGACUGCUUUGGAUGCACUUCUCUCUGCCUCACUCCCCUGGCGAAGAGAAUCUGUGUGAAUGAAUGUAUGUACAUUGUGUGAGUGUAUGUGUCAGUGUAAGGGCACCAAAGACCAUUUGUGAAGCUGUUUGGGGGAAUCUGCCCUGUAUAACCUCCCCCAACGACUCACUAAAGGGACUGAAGCUUGAAGAACCAGAAUGUACAAACCAAGCUGCACCCAAAAUAAACAAACUCUAAUGACCACCAAAGACAACUGGAGACCAGCGAAAUAUCAACUCCCCAAGUCCCACCCCCAGGACAGAAUUCCCUCUUCUUAUAGGACCAGAGGGUGAUGACGGGUGCACGGGGGGGAGGGUGCCUUCUCUUCAUAUUAGCGUUGCUAUAGAAACGACCCAGGGGAUGACGCUCCUGUGCGAUACCAUGGAUACAGAAUGCUGCUACCAGGACAUUCACUAAAGCACCAAAGUCUCAUACACAAAAUAUUAAAGGGAACAAUUUAUGAAAAGUUAUAUAUAUAAAGAUGACAAAAAAAAACGAAAUAAGCAAUCUUACUAUGAUUGUCACUAUAAUUGUUAUUAUAAAAUGAUUUAAUGUAUUUAUUUCAGCUCUGUUUGCUGAAGUCUUUCUAGAGUCAGUAAAGGUCACAGAAGCCCGUC